AUGGACGACGAGCACCACGAUUCAGACCAGCCAGGCGAGUCCUACUUUUCAGCCCAGUCAGACAACUCUGGCGACGUGCCGGGCCGCUCCUCGGAGGAUCCUGACCAGCGAUUGCAUUCUGAGGCACCACAACCCAGUUCGGAGUAUUCACAUGUACCGCUCGACCCAGCCAUCGCAUUAGGGCUAAGUGGGAGGGUUAUAUCCGUCACUUUUACCGUUCCCUUUGUCCUACGAGGCCCGGGAGACCAUUGCGAACGAUGGGAAGUGAGUCCUCGUAGUCGGAUUGAGCAUUCCGUGCAGUACGAUAUCCUGAGUCACCUUACUUCGGCCAAGGGCGCCCAGGCACACAUUACCAUCGGCUGGACGGGAGAAAUCUCAGGUUCUGAUCCAACUCAUAGCGACCAUCACGGUGACCCUAACCCCUGGCUAAGUAACGACCCAGAUGCCUCGGCGAAACCGACACACAACGCCUUCGUUCGCUGCUUCAACGAGCAGCUACUAGAAGAAGUGCUAAACUGGGAGCCAAUGACAACAGCAUCAAUCUGGAUGGCGGGCCAGAUAGCGACGGGAGAAGGCGGAUGGCCGGAUUACCUCGUCCUGAUGGACGCCUUUGCCGCCAAAGUAUGCGAAUACUACCGGCCUGGAGAUAUAGUCAUGGUCCACGACUAUGCUCUUAUGGCGCUUCCUCAAAUCCUCCGAAACCGUUUGCCAAACAUCCAUCUCACCUUUUCCUUACACGCCGGCUGCCCCAGUUCUAUACCUCCCGGCACAAAUGUUGAGGUACUCUCCCAAGUGCUCCAAGGCGCUCUCGGCUCGGAUCUCAUAACCUUCCAGUCAUCCAUACACCAUGAUCAAUUUCUAGGCUGGUGUGCGCAAGAGGCCUUUGAAUGGGCACCGUAUGUGGAUUCUCUGGUAGCAGAGGUAGCAAAAGCAUGUUUCGUGCAUCCAAUGGCCAUUGACACAUCUCGAGUCAUAUCAACAGCAGAGAGCGAAGACGUCUCCCAAAUCUAUGACUCUCUGAAGAGCUCAUUCGCAGACAAGAAGAUUAUCGUUUCAUACAAUACAGUUGGCUACCACGAAGAGACAGCUCAUGUGGCGCGAGCUUUUGAUCGACUCGAGACGCAGUUCCCCGAGUGGAAAGGGAAGGUAGUCUUUUUGCAGAUUACAAGCUUGCCAUGCUGGUACAAAGAAGAAGAGGCUUCUGGGCCCCAUGAGACGCUCGUCGACGCCUUGGCUGCCCGAAACAACAACUCUGAGCCUCGCAAGUGGUCAUUCAAAGGCCGGCUUUCAGAGGAGGAGCACUAUGCUCUGCUACGGGCCAGUGACACGACCAUCUUCCCCUUUGCGCCUGAGGGCCUGAUGAAGGCAGGGCUGGACUUUCUGCUUUGCCAUCAAGGAAGCAAUAAACGACCCGUCAUAUCAGAUGCCAGCCCAUUGAGAUUCCAGCAGCAAAGAGUGAUUUUGUUCCCCCGAGGAGAUGUCGACGGCAUUGCAAGGGCACUGAACAAAGCUUUGGAAGACGCCUCGGAGCGCUCUGAAGGGUUUGAAGACCCCGAAGGCUCUGAAGUCGCUGAGGUCGCUGAGGUCUCUGAAGUCGCUGAAGGCCAUGAAGGCUAUGAAGUCGUUGAAGUCGCUGAAGGCUACGAAGGCUCUGAAUGUUCUGAAAACUCUGAAGGCUCUGAAAGCUUCGAAACCCCUGAAAGUCCUGGAAGUCCUGGAAGCUCUGAAAAUCCCGAAAGACCUGAAAGUCCUGACCAGACGCCGACAAUACCACCCGAGCAGUUGGAGCCUUUGACGCUACCAACUGCAGAGGAGUGGGUGGACAGUGAUCCAACUGAGCGUGGCGAAACUCGUCCCGAUGGAGGUGAUGGUGAUGAAAGGGAUGAUUGGACGGCCAAUAUGGAUGAUUGGAGCGAUGAAGUUGCUGGCAGCGAUCUCAAUGAUGGGGGCGAGGGUUGGUCUGCUGCCAGUGGCCAUGGCGACGGAGAAGAUUUAGGUUCCACGAGCAGGACAACGCCGGAGCCUGAUGACGGCAAUUGA